AUGGAUAGAUUUUUCGAUGAUAUAGAUGAGAGGCCUUGUGUCCAGAUGCAGUCCCAAGUGUUCGAUAGUAAUCCCCAAAUAAAUUUUCCCGAUCAAGGUUCUCGAUCCAUGUAUUACACAUUCGACGAUUGCCCACGUCCCCAACCAAGUAUUUUUGAAAAGUUCCCAGAUAUUGCUAAGGAUGCUUUUACAUGCACUUGGAGUCCCUUUGGUAACCCUGCUCCAUUGCAAAACGUUCCUCCUCAACCGUUAUGUCUGAUUAUUAGUUUUGAUAUCUCCUCAACCAAGUUGAGAAUGAGAUGGAUUAUAGAGAACGAAUUUGCACUGAGAAGGAAUGUUCAUUACAUUGUAGAAGUUCAUGAAACAGACAAAGAUACUCAAAGAUAUCAGAAGUUUAGUGUGUCUUGGAGAGCUUUCACUGAAAUGAAAGUGGUGCCUGGUCGCAAAUACGAUGUGAUAGUUCGGUGCCUUGAGAACGGAUCUAAAGUAGUGAUAGCAACCGGUUUUCAAAAAAUAAAAGCUGUCUUCAGUGUUCUGGAAGGCCAGUGGCUGUUAGACAAAGCAAUUCGCUCUGUUAAGCCCACUCUUAAACCAUUCAAUGUUCUGUACAGAUGUAAACCUAAAGUAUACUGGGAUGAUAUAAGAUUCAAUUGUAGUGGCAUUAUGAUGCCUUAUGAGAAAGACUCCAAUGGACAGCCUGCCAACCGCAUAAACGAAGAAAUUAAUGGUUUAUUUUUUACUGCAAGAACUAUGAGAGAUGGGACAUUACCCAUACAGUCUCCCUUUGGAGAUGUGCGUAUGCAGAUAAACGCAUGGAUUCUCCUUAACCCCGAGAAGUUCAAUUUAUAUUUUGCUGAUUUCUACUGCAGCCAAAAAUCAUUGGAUUGCCCAACCGAGAAACGACUACACUAUGUCACAGUCCUUGUUGCUCUGAUAGAUUCACCUAGUGAUGUUUUUGCUAAGAGGAACUUGAUACCUUUAGAUUUCUGUAAUAACCCGUUCAUCAAGUAUGAUAUCAAUAGCCAAUCAUUUUUCGUAAACACUUCCGUCUGGGUAGAGAUUUUCUUCACAGAGCAUGUACCUCUCCAUUGGGGAUAUUUAGAAUGUAUCGCAACUUCUGGGCUCGGCUGCUCAACACCUGGUGGAUUGCCAAACAAUAAGCAUUGUGCGAUAUGUAACCUGUACCCACUUCUGUCUGAUUCGGAAAAUAGCAAGGAACAAUUAAUAAGAAAUGAUUACUGCCAGGAAAAGAAAAAAGAAACAGACCCUGUUAAGGUUGAAAGAGAAACGAGAGGUCUUAAAAGAGCUAAAGCAAUCAUGAAAUCAUUAAUCCAUCCCGAAGAUGAAGAGAGGAAACCAAAGAAACAAAAGCGAGUUCUUGAGAGGGAUAGUGAUGAGGAAAAGUUUGAGGUCAAGAGAGCGCGUAUACUUGAUGUCAAUAGCCCCGCAUCCUCAGGCAGUCUCAUCGCUCGAAGUAUUAAUGAUAAUGCUAUAGUUCCAUUCGACGUUUCUGCAAUCGUUGAAACAUCCCAGGAUCCAAAAGAAGAAGAUUACGAAAAUGAAUCAGGAACCGCUAGUUUACACUUAGACGACGAGCGUCUGUUAAUCUGUUUGGACGAGGAAUGUGAGGAUGAGUUUGAUCAUAAUGGGAACCAGCUCUUUAUAAAAGAGCGUGAAAUUAAAAAUGCGGACGAGGAUAAUUUAGUAGUAGCCGAAGGCACAUCCGUUUAA